CCCGAACAUCAGCCACCUCCCAGCUCCCCGCCAAAGCAUCCAAACAACAAACAACAAAACAACCCAUUCUCCUCCAUCUAUCAACCUAUCCAUCCACCCCCUCCAAAUGCCCAACCCCAAACAUAAAUAACAACUGAUAUCCCCUCGCCAUGCCCGAACGUCGAACCGCCCCCUCAACCCGCACCGGCACCGGCGUACGCAGAAACCUCUUCCACCACCAGCUCUCCCGCCGCCCCACCACAUCCUCGACAUCCACGUCCGCAGAAACCCUCCGUCUCUCCAACGAGCUGGAUCGCACCUCGUCUGAUUCCUCCGAUAUCGUGAUCCGGGAUUCGAACGGCGAGUUUGAGAUUGGGGAUCCGCCUAUGCAGAGUUUUGAUGAGCAGGAGGUAGUGGCGGCUCAUGAUGAGGGGUUGGAGGAUAGUAAGAUUCCUUCUCUUUUUGGUGAUGCUAGGGAUGGGGGGCUUGAGGAAAAGUGCUGAUUGGGAUUCAAGAGGAAAGACAGAGAAUUUCAGAUGCAGUGAAGCAUCAUAGAGAUCGGAAUCGGGCGCCUAGUGAGCCGGCUGGUUUGUUGCUCUGCUUUGGGAUAUGGGGAUGUGCUAAUGACUGGUUGUAGAAUUACUGGAAGCUGUAAAGAACAGUCUUCGAGCGAAGGUUGCCAGGUUAGCAGAAGAUAAUUGGAUGUACGAACCUGAAGAAGAAGCUCCUGUUCGGUAGCAGAUUGGUUUUGGUUCAGAGGAUUUGGUUUCCCGGAGUUUUUAUGAUUUGACGAAUUCACGAACGGCGUUUCAGUAUACCCCACGGUUUUGCUUCAGUAAAGAAGAGAAUUGCUUUGGGAAUUUUUACGUCGAUUGGUUAGGCAUUAGUCUAGUCUAGUCCUUCUGCGACUGGUGCUGAGGCUCCAACACGCUUUGGUUGUGGUUUUCCUGGUGCUCCUCCUCCACCAAACAUGCUUCCCAUCAUAUCCAUAAGAGGGUUUCCUUGUCGCGGUCUUUGGAUGCCAAAGUAUAUCUCUGCCACUGUCACCAACGCCUCGUCCCAAAUGCCAACAUCCUUUAUAUGCACAGCGUACUUGGUCUUAAGCUGCUUGAACAUAUCCGCAGCUCCCUUCUGAUAAGCCAGCAAGAGCAGACCCAAGAAGUUUAGUAGCGGAAUACUAGGAUAUACCCUCAUGUCCAAACUAUUACUGCUCACAUCCUGCACCGCCAGUCCCUUAUUCUCCUCUACCAAUCGACUCGUAAAUAAGCGUAAUGAUUUCGAAGCAUCGCGGACGUUUCCAGUAAGAAGAUAUGGGAAGACCGCUCGAGCAGCAUAGAGAGCAGCAGUAUGAGAAUCAUCCUGGGUAUACCACUCAUACUCCAAUUUGACAAACACCUCGGGCGAAUCCUUCGUUCCAUAUGUAAGAUGUCGUUCCGCCUCGUAGACAUCGAGUUCCUCCGCAUACAGCGAUCCCGCAACAUGAUGUAAAUCCGGCUCUCCAGCGGGGUAAUCGCCAAAUUUCGCCGACCAUCUACAACCCAUUAGCUCCCCUCCCCUCCUUUUCAGAAACAAAACUCACCCAAUCAUCUCAGCAACAAACUUCUUCCUUGUCGGCUCCUCACUAUUGAACUGACGUAGCAGCGUCAACAAUUUCCCCUUAUUCCCAGACUCAGGCUUCCAUUCCGCCUGUUUAUACACAUCGAUCAAGAAAAGUCCCAAAUCACCACCACUCCCUCCCUGACCGGCUUUCAAGAGCGCCGAGGCGCUGUUGAAGAGGAUGUCGGUUGCUGCGGGCCAGUUCUCGGCUUUGAUGUACCGGGCUGCUACGACGCGGGUUUGCUGUUGGGCUUCGUAGAAUUCUCCUGCGGUGAUUCUGGUGGGGUGUUUUGGUUAGAUUAUAUCAUAUACCCAGGGAGGAGGGGAUGAGACGUACUUUUCUUGCAGACGGACGAUGAUCUUCUCGAUUUUUGCGCUCAUUUUGGGUGUGUGUUUCGUUUCUUGGGCGGAGGUGUUGUGGUGGGUUGGACGAGUGUUGGUGAGGUGGUGAGGUGGUCUCGAGGUGGUGUUGUGGAGGGGAAUGUUCUUGUGGAAAUGGAACUUGAUCCUUGUCGCCGAAACCCCGUCAUUUUCGGCCAGAGUUGGUGAACAGUCCCCUCAACGAGUACACCACAAGUAUUCCAUCACGUCACACAUGUGCAAUUUCUGCGUUAAUUUGAUACUCUCGAUCACUUCUGCUGCUUUUUUUCUUCACUUUACGUUCUCCUGUUCAUGCACUCAAUAAUCUGUCUUCUAGCUAUCCUAAGUCUUGCUUUGGAACUUGCUCUACUCUACACAGCUUCCUCAAGUUGGCACUCACAAUGUCACUUCUACAUAUUUUUAAGCUCUGUAAGCCAUAACUGCUCUUUUAUAUUUAAUUCAUCUCGUCACUCACUUUCAAACUUGCCUUGAAAUCUUGAAGAUCGUGUUUUUGUUAUUGCUCUGGCCCUUUCAUCCUUCCUUGUCCUACACUCGCACGUUAAUUACAGUAUUGAAGCAAGCUACACCAUCCUGUCCAAUUACUCCAUGCUUCUGAAAAGGGUUGACACAUUAAUUUGAUUGUUUGAAAUUGUUUUCAUCUCAUUCUAGAGAUCUAUAACAAUGAGGUUGCAGUUUAUCCUGCACAUCAGCUUGUCUCUUUCCGUGCUACCUAGACCUGAUCUCAUAAGUUUCGCUUAUUACUUUUUCUUCCUCUUAAACCCUCACAAGGGCUUUUGUCAGAUUGAGCUAUAAAAUCUAUGCCUACAUUUGCAAGUUUUCCCAUCCUCUAGUAGAUAGAAACUGAGCAUAUUGUAUACAGUCCUCGCGAAGACGCCGAGAAUAUCUUUGCAUCAAUUCCCGUCUAUCUCACGAACCAAGAGUUUUGCAAUCUCCAUUAUUUUG